GCGUCAGUAACCACGUGUCUACAUCAAGGGCAAGCAGAAAUGGCUGCGUCACGCCCAUUAGUGAACGUCUACGGCAACGAAGACUCAACUGCAUCCAGCACAGUUGCGCUUCCCGGCGUAUUCAAGACGCCCAUUCGUCCAGACAUCAUCAACUUUGUGCACACAAACAUGGCAAAGAAUCAUCGGCAACCGUAUGCCGUGUCAAAGAAGGCCGGACAUCAGACGAGCGCAGAGUCGUGGGGCACGGGAAGGGCCGUGGCAAGGAUACCUCGUGUGAGAGGAGGAGGAACUCAUCGCUCCGGACAGGCUGCAUUUGGAAAUAUGUGUCGUGGCGGCCGUAUGUUUGCACCGACUAAAGUGUGGAGACGUUGGCAUAGGAAGAUCAACACCAAGCAGCGUCGCUAUGCGGUCGCUUCUGCUCUCGCAGCCUCAGCUCUUCCUGCUCUUGUGAUGGCUCGAGGUCAUAGAAUUGAGAAGAUCCCGGAGGUGCCUCUUGUUGUAAGCAACGGGCUUGAGAAUAUUGACAAAACAAAAUCAGCUAUGAAGCUGCUGCAGCAGCUAAAUGCUGUUGCAGAUGUAGAGAGGAGCAAGCUAUCAAGGAAAAUUCGUGCUGGAAAAGGUAAGAUGAGAAAUCGCCGUCAUGUCCAGAGAAAGGGACCGCUUGUUAUUUACAACGAAGACAACGGCAUUCGAAAGGCAUUUAGGAAUAUUCCCGGUGUCGACACUUGUUCAGUGGAUUGUCUGAAUUUGCUGGAGCUGGCACCCGGUGGUCAUGUGGGGAGAUUCUGUAUUUGGUCUGAGGGAGCUUUCAAGAAGUUGGAUGCUGUGUUUGGUACCACAAAGAAGAAGUCAAUACAGAAGAAGAACUACAUGCUUCCAAGAUCAAAGGUCUUCACAGAUAUUCAGAGAGUCAUCAACAGCGAUGAAGUCCAGAAAGUCCUUAGAGCCAAACUAAGGAAGCCCAAGCGUGCAGCCAUCAAGAAGAACCCUCUCAAGAACCCAUUCGUAAUGCAUCGUCUCAAUCCGUAUGCGACUGUCACGAAGAGGGCCGCCCUGAAGAAGCACGGACUAUGAUGUCUGUAAUUGACUUGUUGUGUUACUUCAUCAGGACAUUGACUAACACAAUACAGAAAUGUUGAUCAAAUAAGAUGAAUUGUGUGCGUGUGUG